AUGAAUCCUCAUCAGAAGAACAAGGUCGACGUCAAGUCUCUGUCCCCCGAAGAGCAGCGUCUUUUCCGCCUCUACGGCAAGCUCCCCUCUCGCUCCGACCACUUCGCCAAGCACCUCAAGGACCGCAAGUACUUCGACUCGGGUGAUUACGCCCUCUCCAAGGCGGGCAAGGCUGACUCGGUUGACACCGGCUCGGUCGGCUCCGAGCACCCGGUUCCCGAGAACAUCCCCCACCUCACCAGCCCUAUCCACGGCGGCGCUUCGGGCACUACUGGCCACCACCUUAAGCAUGCCGGUACCCCCAUGACGACGGCCGAAGACGUGCAGGCUGGCGAGGAGGAGAAGGAGAACAAGGCGGUACCUGGUGGUGCUGUCAAGUCUCUCCCCGUUAGGCGGUGA